AUGGACAGUCUCACUCUUCGACCUGAGGCCCAAAAUGGCGCCAUGGAAUACACUCGACUUGGGCGAUCUGGCCUCAAAAUCUCCAAAGUGGUUCUAGGUGCCAUGUCUUUUGGCAGUGAUGACUGGAUGAUUCCCGAGGAAAAAGCACUGCCAGUUAUCAAGCAUGCUUUCGACAACGGCAUGAACACAUGGGACACCGCUGACAUCUACUCUUUCGGCGAGUCGGAGCGCAUCAUAGCCAAGGCUUUGAAAACAUACAACAUCCCCCGCGAACGAGUCGUGAUCCUGUCGAAAUGCUACGGUGGGGUCCCUAACCCAGGUGAUUUGGACGGAAUGUCAGAUCAAGAGAAAUUAGCCCAGAUGGCUGUCAAUGACGGUGUCAUGGUGAAUCGCAUUGGACUAUCGCGCAAGCAUAUCUUCGACGCGGUAAAUGCUAGUAUUGAAAGACUCGGCACGUAUUUGGAUGUUCUCCAGAUCCAUCGCCUUGAUCGCGAUACUCCUCGUGAGGAGAUUAUGAGGGCACUCAAUGAUCUUGUUGACUCCGGGAAAGUACGCUAUCUCGGCGCAAGCUCGAUGUUUGCUUGGGAGUUCCAGGCUUUAAACAACAUUGCGGAGAAGAAUGGGUGGCAUAAGUUCAUCAGCAUGCAGGACUACUAUUCUCUCCUACACCGCGAGGAGGAGCGUGAAAUGCACCCAUAUUGUCGCGAUGCCGGUGUUGGCCUUAUUCCAUGGUCACCUUUGGCACGUGGUCUACUAACACGGCCAUUCAAAGUCGACAAAGCGCAAAAGUCUGUACGUGAAGCUUCUGAUGUUUACUCACAGAUGCUGAUCGGUGCGACUACGGAGGUUGAUAUUUCUAUCAUUAACCGCGUGGAAGAAUUGGCCAAGAAGAAGGGUUGCAGCAUGGCGCAGAUCGGACUGGUAUGGUGUCUGAAGAAAGGGGUCAAUCCUAUCGUUGGAUUGUCUAGCACUACUAGAGUGGAUGAGGCUGUGCAGUCCGUGAAACUGUUCAAGGAUGGGGUGCUCUCCGACGGAGAUGUCCAGUAUCUGGAUGAGUUGUACGUCCCGAAGGCUGCUUUGACG